AGGAGGCUACGCCAAACUUAUAUAGAAUUGUCUUAUCUGGGUUUCCUGUGUAUUCAGUUGUGAAUGACAAGAUGGAGGAUAUCAAAGUUCUUGCAGCGCUUUCUUUGGCCUGUUUGCUGUCUUUUGCUUCUUGUUUGCCUGAAUAUUGUGGCAGAGAUGCUGAUAGCGACCACGAGCCCAAUGUAGUGCCAAAAGUAGCAGGGUUUGACUUGAAGCAAGUCAGUGUCGUCAUCAGACAUGGAGACCGUACAAGGGCAGGGUAUUCAGGACCAUGUUGGGAUAACGACGAGGCUGUGUGGGAUUGCCUACUGACAUCUUCGUCUCUACCAGCAAUUAAACAUGAUCAACACUUUCAAACUAUUGACAGGGUCUACAGGAAAGUUUACAUGGAGGAUCAUGAGCCAAUGCAGGGAGACUGUGCUCUGGGUGUCCUGACAUUCAAAGGCUACAAGCAACAAGAAUUGAAUGGCCAAACAUUAAGAAACCUGUACGUCAAAUCUGGUUUCCUGAAACAGAACUACUCAUACACUGAUAUAUAUGUCAGAAGUGAUGAUGAAUCCAGAACUAUGCAGUCUGCUCAAUCUCUGAUGCUGGGGAUGUAUCCACCAUCCACUAUCAUGUCUGAUAGGACCCAUGUACUGGAUAUCAAUACAAGAGACCAGACGUUUGAUAAUAUUGAACCAAAUGCAAGACUUUGUCCCAAGUUGUCAGAGUACAACCGUGAUUUCCUGAAAUCACCGGAAUGGCAAAACCAUUACAAUUCUGUAGUGAAACCUCUUCUUGAGGAAGUACGCAAAGCUAUUGGUGUGAACAGGUCCCUAACAAUGGAAAAUCUUCAAGAUUUGGUUGACUGUGUCCACACUCACCAAUGCCAUGGGUAUGAAAUUCCACCAGGAAUAACGGAUAGUUUGUUCCAGCGCAUGGUCAAUGAAGUGCUAUACUUCUGGAACUCUCAGUACAGAUAUCCAUCUAUACAGCAGUUUGCUAAAGCUGGUAUCGGGUUCCUGGUGAAUGACAUGUGGCAG